GAUCUUUCGACGUUGAAAUUUCAAGGAAAUGGUUAUCUAUGGAAUUUACAUAGUUUCUAAAUCAGGAGGAUUAAUAUUCAAUUACGAUAACAAUGUUCCAAAGAUAGAAAAUGAAAGAAAAUUUCCGUAUCCACUCGAUAUAAAACUUCAAGUAGAAAAUAAAAAGAUAAUUGUUGAAUUUGGGCAGAGAGAUGGAAUAAAUGUUGGUCAUGUCUUGUAUGCGGUGAAUGGUGUACCAGUAACUGGUUGCCAAAUGGAUGAUGGUCAAGAUGCCAUGAAAUUUUUACAAAACAAAGAAAAUUAUCCAGUUACUUUAAAAUUUGGUAGACCAAAGAUGACGACAAAUGAGAAAAUCUUUUUGGCAAGUAUGUUCUACCCCUUAUUUGCCAUCGCAAGUCAGCUUAGUCCAGAGCCGAAGUCGUCGGGGAUAGAAGUUUUAGAAGCAGACACAUUUCGCCUUAAUUGCUUUCAGACUUUAACCGGUGUUAAAAUAAUGGUGGUUUCUGAUCCUCAGCAAGUAGGGGUUGAAAUGUUUUUAAAGCGAAUUUAUGAAAUUUAUGCAGAUUAUGCUUUAAAAAAUCCAUUCUAUUCAUUAGAAAUGCCUAUAAGGUGUGAAUUGUUUGAUAGUAAUUUAAAAAGCAUACUUGAACAAAUAGAAAAAUCUGGAAUUGCUAAUAUAUGAAAAUUAUUCUUUAUUUAA